GAACAGACUACAUCUGAGUACAGAUCAAGCAGAGAGAGAAUAAUUAUUAUGUGUUGUGCAAAUGCCACUGGUUUACACAAACUUAACCUUUGUGUUGUGGGGAAAGCAAAAAAACCUCGUGCAUUCAAAGGGACUGACCUUGCAAACCUUCCAGUGACUUACUUCAGUCAAAAAGGUGCGUGGAUAGAACAGUCUGUCUUCAGACAGUGGUUUGACAAAUAUUUUGUGCCACAAGUACAGAAGCAUUUGAAAUCCAAAGGACUUCUAGAAAAAGCAGUGCUUCUUUUAGAUUUUCCCCCGGCACACCCAGAUGAAGAAAUGUUGCAUUCAGAUGAUGGCAGAAUCGUUGUAAAAUAUUUGCCACCAAAUGUCACGAGUCUGAUUCAGCCCAUGAGCCAGGGAGUUUUAGCCACAGUGAAAAGAUACUACCGAGCAGGACUUCUCCAGAAGUAUGUGGAUGAAGGAAUUGACCCAAAAAUGUUUUGGAAGAACUUGACAGUGUUGGAUGCAAUUUAUGAGGUUUCAAGAGCUUGGAACAUGAUAAAAUCAAGUACUAUAACCAGAGCAUGGAAAAAACUUUUCCCUGGCAAUGAAGAGAAUGCAGGUAUGAAUAUUGACGAAGGAGCCCUUUUAGCAGCUAACUUAGCAACAGUUCUGCAGAGUACAGAAGACUGUGAGCACGUUGACAUUGAGCAUAUUGAUCAGUGGUUUGAUUCUCGGAGUAAUGACUCCAGCUGUCGGGUGCUAACUGGAAGGGAAGGGGCGGAGCACCAGGCCAAGGCUGUUGAAAAGAAGCCUUUCAGUAAGGUUAGAAAAGCAGAACUGAAUCCAGAGAAGCAUAUCAGCCACAGAGCAGCACUUGAAUGGACUGAAAAUUUACUGGAUUAUCUCGAGCAGCAAGAUGACAUGCUUCUGUCCGACAAACUGGUCUUACGGAGGCUUCGCACCAUCAUAAGGAGAAAACAGAAAAUCCAGAAUAACAAAAGUCAUUCUUAGUGCUCGUCUGUGUUUCAGUGUAUUUGCAUCUUGGUGAUUAUCUGCAGUGGAACUUACCUUGUUUGAAGUGCUGUGGGUUGCAAGGCCAAAUAUAUUUUAUCAAAGAUUUUAGGGAUAGAUGCCAUUGUGGAUGACUUAAAUUACAACUCCUUAAUGUUGUCUCUCCUAAUUGAGCAUUGCCAUGUACUUGUCUGUCUACCACUUCUGCUCUGUAUUAUACUAAUUAGAUCAUAAGGCACCUGAGACUGGGCGCCUUGUGGCUGUUUGGUGCCUAAAUUUCAAUGUGUCUAAUAUAGGAUCAUGCACACUAUCAGCACUCAAUAAAUCUGACUGAAGCUGAA